AUGGAUCGUUGGAACCGCGAUGUCGACAGGAUCGUCCUGGAUGCCGCCUCAAGCGAUCCGGUCGAGCAGCCCAAGGUCAAGACAGCCAUCGUCUGCCCCCUACCAUAUACGGCACUGGAAUUGGUCCAGGAUCUGGAAAAGGCCUCUCUACGCAGAGUGGAAGCGCUUACCGUCUUUCCGGGUCAGAACGAGUAG